AUGCCAGAGAAAAUCAUUGUAUACAGAGACUGCGUCUCCGAGUCCCAGUAUAAGCAGGUACUUGAUACUGAAUUGCCAGCGAUUGAAGAUGCGAUAUACCACUAUUAUCGAAACGGCAAAUGUCCGAAGGUCACUCUUAUAAUUGUGGGGAAACGGCACCGUACGAGGUUCUACCCGGUCCAGAACGAACCCCUAGAUGAAAAUUCGGAGAAUGUUCUCCCUGGUACGGUGGUCAUCGUGGCUGUACCACGACCCGGGAAUUUGACUUCUUCAUGGUUGCUCAUGCUGGAAUUCAGGGAACAUGUCGACCAGCACACUACGUUGUUCUGA